AUGGACAUGGGCUCUUCUCAGAUAGACUGGAACUCUAACGAUGAAUUCUUUAAAUUCACGCGUGGCCGCUUUAUUGUCGAUGAGGUAGAGAACCUUCGGAAGCGAGAGAUUAGAUUUGACAUGAAUAGCCUCGCAAGAGUCGCAGCAGACUCGGUCGGGGCUGCUCGAUGCAUUGCUAUCGAGAAGUACCCUGACGGCAUGUUCAACAAAGCGUUCCUCAUGUCUAUGGACGAUGGCCGAGAAGUUAUAGCCAAGGUUCCCAACCCGAAUGCUGGCGUUCCACACUUUACUACUGCCAGUGAAGUCGCCACGAUGGACUUCGCCAGGAAAAUUCUUAACACACCAGCGCCUCGUGUAUACACAUGGAACUCGCAAGCCAAAUCGCACCCUGUUGGGGCUGAAUUUAUUAUCAUGGAUAAAACUGAAGGUGUUCCUCUGUCCCAAGUUUGGAGCACAAUGAAACUACUGCAAAAGCUCCAAGUGCUUCUUGCUAUGACACGCCUCCAGAAACAAUGGCUGAGCGUUUCAUUCUCGCAUUAUGGCAGCUUGUAUUACACGGAAGACGUGCAGCCACUAGGAGGUAACCACUUUGUCAAGAAUGGCAAGGCUGUGAGAGAUUCGGAGUUUGCCGUUGGCCCGGCUACAGGCCGGGAUUGGUGUGACGCAGGCAGAUCAAAUUUGGACAUCGAGAAAGGGCCAUGGGCUUCUCUAACGCAGUAUCUGCAAGCAGUCGGGACGCGAGAGGUGAAGGCAAUCCAGUCUCUAGAACCUCCGAAAUCGACUGCCUUGUUCUGUGGCCCAAAGCUUUACCGACCAGACACGGAAAAGAAACUUACUGCUUUAGCAUGGUACCGACAAGUCGUCGAUGCCCUUAUCCCAAAGGAUACAGCCAUUACCAGACCCAGCCUCUGGCAUAAUGAUUUGCAUGAUGACAACGUCUUCGUAGACCCGCAUAAUCCCGAAAAGAUCACCGGCAUUAUUGACUAG